UUUUUUAGAUAAGAUGAUUUUCGACUUAAUUUUUUUUCUAAAUCUUUUUGCUUUGAUACCAUGUUUUAAUGGUGAAACGAUAGAUUUAGAUUAUUUACGCUUAUUGGAUGAUCGUUUGAUGUACAGCAUUGAUUAUAAACCGAUUGACCAGUUUCCGACGGAUAUAGAAGAAAAGGAGGGAAAGUUAGUUCAGAUAACUUCACCAGAUCAAGAACAGUACAAGUGUCUCAUACCUACAAUUAACACUUACUCAAAGAAGCGCAUUGAAGCAUAUACUGGUCCUUCACCCGCGCAAUUACUCAAUCCAAUCUAUGACGAAAGCAUAUGUUCAUACAAAUUUGAAGCUUAUUGGAAUUACGAGGAUACAAAGAAAAGAACUGAAUUUUUUCUGGGCAAUUAUGUGAGCGUUGCUGCCGUCGUGGAAGCUAAAAAUUUUGACCAAUUGAAUCCCCCCACAAAGAAGAUUGGAGAUGAGGUGCGCGCUUACUAUCCUGUAACCUACUCACACGGAACUUUAUGUGAUCUGAAUGGCAAACCUCGACAAACAGUUGUGCUAUAUGUUUGCGAGGAGAAUGCCCAGCAAAAUAUUUAUUCAUUCACGGAAAUAUCAUCUUGCCAUUAUGAGAUAAUUGUUUUUGCAAAUGAAUUGUGCGCUCAUCCGGCCUUUCAGAUAAUGCCUCGUAAAGAAAAUGAGAUUAAAUGUUUCCCAUUGAGUAAACUUCAUAAUGAGGAUCCAAAACCAAAAGCUGUUAUAAAAAUUCAAGAAGAAGCCGAAAAACAAUAUGCACAAGAAUAUGCACUAUUAAAACAACUGACUGAUGUAAAAACCGCGAAACAAAUUUUCAGCAAAUUCUUCCAGAUCAAUGAUGAAUCUAUAGAAGAUGGUUUUGGACAACUCACAGCUGUUCUUGAAUCAAUCAAAAAAGUUGCGCAACAAAAACGUGCUGAUAUGAAAAAAUCCCUUGCAUCAAAGGAGCAUAGCCAAGAGAAGCAGGAGCUGACCAAAGAUCCUGAAUCUCCACCGAAUGAAUUGGAACAAAUUGUUAAAGGGUUCUUUCGUGGAACUGUUUGUUUGCAUGGUGGUUUUGGUUGGUGGAAAUAUGAAGUUUGUUACGGAAAAACGGUAAUGCAAUACCACUCUGAAAUUGGCAAAAAGCGCGAAAAUAUUUUGUUGGGAGUUUUUGACAAGGCUGUACAUAUGGCUUGGGCCAUAGAACAUCCAGAGAAGGUUAUUGAGCGCAAUGAAGACGGAAGAGUUAUGAGUGCAACAAACCUUUACACACAGGGCGAUAAGUGUGAGGAGAAUGGAGCUCACAGAUCGUGUGAAGUGCGGAUUCGCUGUAGAGAUGAUAUUGUUUCUCAGAAGGUGUUCAUCUAUAUGCUAGAGCCAUCAACGUGCCAAUACAUAGUGGUGUUGGAAUCAACUAUGUUUUGUGAACCGCUUCAAAAUGUAGACUCUUUCGGGUUAUUAAGAGAGAAUAUGGGCGCCUUGAUCACUUUAGCCCCAACAGAGAUUGAUGAAAAACAAAGUAAGAAAGAGAAUAAAGAUGAUUUAAAUUAG